UAUGUACACACUUAUGUGUGGUGGCCAUCUAUGAUCAUUCAUAAUAAAAAUAGCAAUGGCAAUAUUGAAUGCGAGUGAGCAGCGGAAAAAUAUCGGAGAAAAUGUUGUAGAAAAUGCGAACAAUUUUCAGAAAAUUUUAAUUUGUGAGCAAAUGGCAAAGCAAAAUAAAAACACAGAGCUGCAAAAUUUAAUCGAGCAGCGUGAACUCGAUCUAUUUGGAAUGAUCGGACGGUCAGUCGUCAGCGAAGCGGUAACGGCAACGAAAGUGUUUUGUUUUCGCGCGUUUUCAUGUGAAGAACUACAUAAGUGUAUAUUAAUCGAUACUGAAAUUGUUAGAAAAACGCUCGAAAAUUAUUUUGAGACCAAAGCAACAAGUAUAUUGUGUAAGAGAAAUACUUAAUUUUCAUCGUUAUUUUUAUUAUUCUUCAAAAGGCGUGCAUUAUACACAUCAACACUCAAAAACAACUCUCUAAGCGACAGCGACACCGUACACCGACCACCGCCAUCGUCACCGCCGCCACCACUUGCCUGAACUGCUACAAUUGAGACUUUUCCGGCACAACGCCAACGCUGCCGCGCCCACGCACUCCACAAACAAAACAUAGGAAAAGCAAAAGCGAACGCGCUCUAAAAACAAAAGUAAAUAAUUAAACAGAAAAGCGUGAGCAGUCUAAAUGGCGAGCAAUAAUAGCACAGCGGCGAAUGGCAAUGGAGCCACAAAUGUCGCAACGGACCUAAGCAACGAGCUGCUGCGCGGCAUCGUGACCACGCACGACACAGACAAUAUUAUCAUAUCGCCGCUCCAGCUGGAGGCGCUGCUCACGCUGCUCUAUCUCGGCAGUGAUGGCGGCACCGCAGAGGAGCUGCAGCGCGUGCUACAGCUGAAACGUUUCGCCAGCAAUGCCAAAAUGGCCAACCACUUCGCGACGGAAUUGCAAUUGAGCACCGACACCGCGGCCGACACACACAUGCAGCUGUGUAGUGAGUUGCUGCUGCCGAUGGAGGUCGAAGUCGGCGAUGAGUUUCGUAAAAUAGCGCAGAAAUAUUUUCACACAACAGCGUUGCAGCGAGAUUUCAGCAGCAUUUCGAAAUUGCGCGCACAACUCGAUGAGGAUUUGGCGAAGGCGGCCGCUGGCUAUGGCUGGUGCAUUGGCGAUGCCUUAUUGUCCACGAUCACAGCGCCUGUGGUGGCGUCAACGGCCAUCGUGUUGGCAGCUGUGCAUUUCCAAAGCAAAUGGUUUCUGCCAUUUAGCGCCUAUCGGACGGGUCUGUAUGACUUUCAGCAGAGCGCCGUGGAAGCGCCCGCAGCGCAUGACGUGCCACAGCAGGCGCCACCUACAGUUGUGACGGUGCCAAUGCUCUUCGACGAUGAUAUGUUCGUGAAGUUCGCGGAAUUGCGUGAGUUGGACGCGCGUAUCAUUGAGUUACCUUAUGAGCAUGAUGAUGAGUUGGCUAUGUUGGUGGUGUUGCCCAAUCAGCGCGAUGGCCUGGCGGCAUUGGAAAAGCAGUUAGAAACGCUGGAUCUCAACGCGUUGACGGAGCGCAUGCAGAUGGAGAGCGUGCAGGUGCUUUUGCCGAAAUUUAAAAUCGAUUUUGAAUGCAGCCUGCGGCGUACUUUGGAACAGCUGGGUAUCACAACGAUUUUCUCGAAAGCUGCCAAUUUUAAGAAUAUGCUGCGAGACAACACCACAGAUCCACUAAUAAUUUCAGAUAUUCUACACAAAGUCUGCAUAGAGGUUAAUGAGUCGGGCACGGAAGGUGCAAGUAGUGUUGCCUACAAACCAAUUGUGAUUAGCAAUUCGAUUGAUUCCCGCAAGAAAUUCUUUCGUGCCGAUCAUCCCUUCUACUUCGCCAUACGAAGUCGAGCAGCCACCUAUUUUGUGGGUCAUGUCACGAAAUUUUGA